AGGUCAUAAAUAGUUAGAUUAACAAAGAUUCGACAAACAUUAUUUAACGGCUAAACAGCGGUAUUAUUCACAGAGGUUCGGAAGUGUCAAGUGGUUUAUUUUCUUUUUUGGUUUUGGAUACUGAAGUUUCAAUAAAAUGAAUUUUCAAGUCAAAGGAGGCCUUUGCAUGUUACUACUUUGUUUAACGCCAAUAUUCGCUUACAGAGAAAUUAGCGGCAUGCUCGAUCACACCACCGACCUUACACCCGAGGAGAUAAAUGCCUUGCGGCCACUAUUCUAUUAUCUGCAAGAACAAUAUAAUUACAUAGUGAGUCAAGCACCCCAAAGAGAUCUAGAUGAGGACGACGCACAAGUACAAGAUUCACAGCACGCAGCAGUUCAAGCUGAAUUCGAGCAAUAUUUCGCAGAUUUCCAACAACAAUAUACAUUUGUCGAAGACAACAACAAAGUCGAUUUAUACAAUAAAACACUGCCGACAGUUGCCGAACUGAUGGGAUCAGCCGGCAUUGAUCUUACCGCUGUCGAGCUUGCCGAACGCGAGGACAUUGAAAGUUUGCUUCAACAGGCUCUGGACGAGGCACAGCAGCAAAUUGACGAAAUCGUACGAAGUUCCCUGCAAGUGGAGUCGCAACUGAUUAAAAUUAAUAAACCGAAAAUCGUGGGCUAUAUAUUGAGAGCGCUAAGGGUAAUAUUCAAGGUGGCGACACGCGGAGCACGCGCCGCCUAUUGCACCUAUUCGCACAUACCGCAAUUGAAUGCCUCGCUGCAGCACAUCUACGGGGGGCUCGACUGUUACAGAUAUUCGAAGCGUUUGGUGUUGCGCAUUGAGCAAGAGACCGUGCACACAGUGAGCACUAUUCAGGAGAAUGUCUUCAGUUUGGCUGGUAUUUAUAAAAAAGUCGCCGGUAGAAAAUCUUUACUGGGGAAAUUGUCUGCUGUGCUGUUGAAUUUAUCGAAAAUUGUGGGAAAUAUCAAAGAGACCUAUUUAGUGGGUGUCAGCGCGCUUGAUAAGGUGACGAAUGAGUUGCCGAAUGCAGCGCAAGGAAGUGUACAUUGCAGCCGCGACUUCGUCGGUGGCGUGCCGCAGAUGGUGGAGACUGUGGCUAAUUUGUCCACUUGUAUUAUGUUCGUCGAUAACACCAUCGUGGAAUAUGAUUUCAUGAAACCGGAAAAUCAACGCGAUUUUAAUUAAUUGAGAAAAUUAUAUAACUAUUUGAAAUUCUUAAAAGAUUAUUGCAUUAAAUAUUUUUACACCUAGCCGGAUAGUAAAAUAUAAAGCUGGCAGUAACUCGUUUUCGAAUUAUGAGAAAUUAGUAUGAAUAACCAAUCUUUAAAGCCUUA